GAAGUGAUUGCCAAGAUUGCGGCAAGUGCGUCGGGAGAGAGAAGUGUGUGUGAGGUGGAGUGGAGUGGAAGAGCUGGUAGUGCUGUGAGAGGAGAGGCGGCCCUUCGCAGCCCCCUACUUAGUCAGCCAAUAAUAAAGGACUGUUUUUGUAGUGUAGGGAAUAACACACGCGGAGAACAAUCACAAGAGCGCAAAUAUGUCGGGAGUUAUCAGUCUGGUGCUGGAACGGGACGGCCAUGACCAGCCCUGGGGCUUCAGGCUUCAGGGGGGCGCCGACGUGGCUUUGCCCCUAUCAGUUCAGAGGGUACUAGUGGGGAGCCCCGCCGACGGCACGCUCUUGAAGGGCGACAUCAUCACCAGAAUCAGUUGUACCGACACCAAAGGCAUAACCCACCAGCAGGCGGCGGACCUUUUCAACAAUGCCGGAAACCAGAUCGCCAUUCAUGUCAAAAGGCCUGGCGUCGUGGUAGUUCCGGCAGGGGCGCAGCCAGCGACAGCAGCCCCCCUGGUUAACGGGAGUCCAGGACAGGCGGCAGCACCUGCUCCAGCCCCUCCCACACCCGAGAACCCAGCAGUGAGAUCCCUUCCCAAGACCACCUUCGUCCACAAGGCUAGCUUUCUUCCGCCACAGAAAAAGCCCCUCGCCAACAUGGAGACACUGUCCAUCCAGAGCCAGCCCUACCGCACACUGCCCCUCGUCCAGCCCACCGCUAAACCGUAUUCAGGAGACCUCGGACCAGGUAGCAUCAUUCACCUCAAGAUGCAGGACGAACACAUCUCUGGGGUGAGGGAGCCAAAGGCCUCGCCAGAAUCUCAGGCUCUGGCAGCAAAGGCUAAACACGACGAGAUAGUCAUGAGACAGAAGGUUACUGGUUCCUUGCAACAAAUCCAGCAGAAUCAGAACCCGGCCAACUCUGCCAGACUACCCUCCCCGAACCCUGAGCUCAUCAACAGGCAGUACAACAGCCCCCUACCACUAUACUCGGCGGAAAACGUGCAGGAGGCCAUGAUGCCCCAAGUGUCUCCAAGCCACACUCCUACAAUCAAGCCGGCCCCUACUCCUUCUUCUUCGGCCGCAGCUGCUGAAGCCUCCAAGGCUCUUAGAAAGUUGAGCUCCCCCAUCCCCGCCAACAAGCCUGCGCAGGUGAUUCUCACCCCUUCCAAAGAGUAUAACCCUCAAUCGAGCGCCACCUGGCGAGCACUACAGGAGACUGAUGCCCCUGUCGAUCCUCAGAAAGUAGCUAAUUACACAUCCUUGAAAGAGCAUGACCCUAUCUAUUCUGAGGUCUACGCAGCGCCGGUGGCCCCCAAGCCAGGUCAGAGGCCGCAGCCCAGAACCAACGCCCUGCCAGGACCACGAUCUCCCGUCUCUGAACUCCUUCCCUCGUCCUAUAAGGCUGCCACCAACAGCGUCGACCCGCAGGACCUUCAACGAAGUCUACUGAGUCCUCCCAAGAUUGGCCCUUCCGCUGUACAAGAAGCCGCCAUGGCAGAGAGUAAACCCAUGAACCACCAGAUGACUACAGAACCCAUCAAGAUUCCGUUAUAUGAGGAUGAGUACGACCAGCCGGUGAUGAAGGCUCCCAGAAGACCUGGAGGGCCAAAGACGAACUCGAUCGGCGGACGAAGAAAGAUCGCGCAGACUGCCUCAUUCAACAAGCUCAUGAUGGACGUUCUUGGAGAAUGAAUCGGAUCCUGUCUCCUACCUUAACUCAAAUAAACAAGAUGUCAAAUAUAUAAAAACUGCCUGCCAACAACCACCCGCCCAGCCGGCCCCCGCGUCCCAGCUGCCCCUCCUGAAAUGCAUUACUACACGAGGCUUACCGGGGUCAUCGGUUAUUAUUAUUUUUUUGUUUUUGUUUUUUUGCAUUGCUCUGGUAUUCCCUGAACAUCAUCUUGUGAAGUGAACGAUUCCAACGAUUCUAGAAACUUAUAUUUUCUAUCCUGAAGUCAUGUCACUAAAGCUUUACAAGGUUUACAACAUCAGCUCGUAAAACAAACCAACCAGUGGACUCUUCUUUGAGAUCAUCUGUUAUUUCUGUAAUAAUGGAGAUUUGAUCUAGAACAUCUUCACCUCCAGAAACUGACUGAAUGUAUCUGAAUAUAUAACCAGUCACCUGUGGAUAUGCUUUCUCUAUCUAUCUGUCUGUCUGUCUGUCUAUCUAUUUAUCUAUGCUGUAUGAAGGUGGAUGUGACCUUCCCUCUUUCCUAGUUAUUCAUUCAACUCUUGACAGCAAAAUGUGCUAUGUGCCAGUCAUUACCCGAACAAUGUCGACUUUUUUCAUGUUUCAUUUGUCCUCUUAGAUAUAUAUAGCACUGAGGCACGAGAUACAAUUAUUAUUAUAUUUGGGGAUUGAAGUAGUAUCGUAGUUGUGGAAAUGGUGAAUGUGUUGUUGAGUGGCCGGGUGAAGUGCAAACUGAAGCAAGCAAGCAAGCACGCCCCGCAAUAACUUGCAACUUAUGGCGGGGCUGCUUGCAGUAGUAGUAUUUCUUCUCCCCUUUUCAUGGAUGACAGAAAGCCAAUAAGGUCAAUAUUUGAAAGAUUUCACUCUCAAAGCUGUUUUUGCAAUAUGUUUGGUUUCAUGUGAUUGUUUAGAUGGAACAUUGAAUUAAGAAUUGUAAAAAAAAACAUCCACUUUUUUUUUUAAGAUACUGUAUUUUGGUUCAAACGCCCAAUAAGUUUUGAACGCAAUGAUUUCAUACUUCAAUUUCCAAUAUCAUUUCAUGAUAGUAUAUUAACUGAUCAAUGGGCAUUUGGAGAAACUUUUAAGAUAGGGUGAUAUACUGGUGGUACUUUAGCGCUCUUACAGGAAAAAAACAAGCACGAGUACCACGGUGGUCACUAUCUUCUUUGUGAAACUUCAUAUAUAUUUUUUUUCUUGUCUGUUAAUUUUGUGUGUUUUAGGGCAGCUGGUCUCUUACUGCUACGUCACGUCUGUAGUUAUGACAUUGAUUCAAUUUUAUUUUAUGAUUAUUAUAGAGUAUACUACUGUAGUAGUCUGUGUCUUCUUCCUCUCUCUGUACUGAUGCACCAUUGGUUGGAUAACUGACGCAGUUCCCGUCUGCGUACAAUCCUCAUUCUUGCUGUGAUAAGAUGGCGGAGGAUUAUGUCUACCACCAUAUAGAAUUAUGCUUCCUAAAUUUUUUUUUGUGAAUUGUACUUUAUAUAUAUAUAAUAUAUGACUCAGCCUUGUGUGACAGAGCUCUACCGUGAAUUGGGUUCGAACGAAGACACCCAAUCACGGUGCUGAUGAUGAUCCCCGAGACUCAUGUCAUGACACGGUGAAAGUUUUGUCAAUGUUAGAUGCUCCUCCUCUUCCUCUGUUUCUUAGACGUCAGCACAAACCGACUCUUCUUAAUAUUCAAAUCACUUUGGGAGUGUUCUUUCCUGGAUGAUCAUAUUUUAGCUAUUUUGGAAAUUGUACAGUUAAUGAGUGUGAAUAAAUGAUAAUUACAGUCA